CAUAAGAUGUUAGGAGGUCUUUAUGGUUUGAAUUUUAAGUAGCAUUCGUAUCUUUUCAUGUGUUUAAUAAUACCCUCGUUGAUUACAGGAUUAGGGCUGUUUUAUAUAGAUGAGGCAUUGACUACUUUGUGUGUUUUGUAAUUUUUCUAUGUUGUGAUACCUGCUAUUUAUAUAAAAUUUUUAAGCAAAGAGGGGGAAUUGAGGGGUACUUAGAUUAAUAGAUUAUAGCAUAUCUCAUAAAUGAAUUGGAAGGAAGAUAGGAAUAGAUAAAGAGAGGGCUUUCCCUCUUUAGAAGUGCAUUUGGAAUGGUUUUAUUAUCGUUAAUUUUCACAUAUUAUUGGGAAGAAGAGAUCAUGGAUUAUUUGAAGAUUCCUCUGUUGGAACACCCUGCGUAUAUUGGAGCGUUUAUGUUGGUAUUGAUAAUAUGCAAUCCAUUUUUGGAGGAAUGGUAUUGGUAAUGAAUUGAUAUUAAGUAAGGCGGUUGUUUUUGAUGAAAACCUAUAAGGAGAGUGAGAACUACAGGUCCUUAAUUCACAUAUUCUACACUUUGUUCCAUUUCAUAAUGUUAUUGAAGAUAUUUAAAUCAGAUUGGGAAUUCGCUAUAGGGUUUUCAACAUAUUUCAUGUCAAUUGGAGGAUCUUUCGAGCAUAUCCGAGAAAAGUAUGGAUUCAUUACUUGUCUGAUGGCUCACUACGGGAUGACCUUGGCAGCCUCGCUAGCUUUAUUAGUUGUAUAUAAAUCACAAUUAUAAUGA